AUGUCUCCCGCCGUUAAGAACACCACUGAGCCAAACUUGGACAUCGGCUUCCAGGACUUCCUCAUCCUCUCGAAGCUCGUUUUCGACUGGGCUGACAGCUAUGAUGCUAAGGACUGGGACCGCCUCCGCAGCAUCAUUGCCCCAACCCUGACCGUCGAUUACACCAAGAUCGGUCUCAAGAGAUGGGACAACAUGGCCGCAGAUGACUACAUGGCGAUGGUCACACACCCCGGCUUCUUGGGUGACGAGACCAUCAAAACCCAGCAUCUGCUCGGUCAGACCUGGUGGGAGAAGGUCUCCGACACCGAGGUCAUCGGUCACCACCAGCUGCGCGCUGCCCACCAGGUUUACGAGACUGCCGAACUUGAGACUGUCAAGCUGCGUGGCCACUCGCAUGCCACAAACGAGCACUACUACCGCAAGGUCAAUGGUGUGUGGAAGUUUGCUGGACUGAAGCCGAAUGUUCGCUGGAAUGAGCUGCGUUUUGAGGAUGUUUUCAAGGGUCUGGACUAG